AUGGAGCCUGAUAGCAAACUUCACGAAUCCAUCAAAUCUCCCGAAGAAAUCGUGCCAGCCUCAUACCAAUGCUAUCUCAAUGAUCUAAUCACCAUCCCUCCCGCUAGAAUCCCUCCAUCCAGCAUCUUCUAUCCAACCGUGACAUUCUUUUCCUUCAUUCGAAACAUGUUUGUCCACCUGUUAUUCACGUUAUCAACCGACCUUACAAUGCCAAUUAGCCGUCCACUCAAUUUCUUAGCCGUCGUUGUACUCUACCCUCUCUGCAUUUUAAUUCUUUUGCCAUUUGACAUCUUUUUGAGGGUUUUUAACUUUCUAUGGUUGGGCAAGAACAUCAAGCUUUACGAUGAAAAUAUAUGGCAGAAAAUCCCAAGAUCAGAUUUGAGUCUGAAGAAAAUCAGAGAGAAUGGCAUAGAGUUAUUAGGACAACCUCCUCCUGAUCAAGAUUCCAUAUUAACACAGUCACCGACAUUUAAUCUUGAUAUGGCCGAAACAAUUUUGUUCCUAUGCACGAUCAUAUACCAGAGAGAUGUCAACACAGUUUAUGAUGCAUAUAAAAUCCUCCAGGAAAGAGAUUUUGAUUUUGAUAAAGUUACGUUUGAAGACUGGAAAGAAGUGAAUCGUUUACUCAACUAUUCCGUUCAAGAAAUUCGUAGAUAUGCACAUGAGUGGGAACUAGAGUUCCAACCCCUCUCGGAACUUGGUUCCCUCGCGACAAAUUUUACCGAAUGGUUAACAGAUUUCUUGUUUAGCCGCAUUGAUGCGCGCUCCUUUGUUUUUGGAGAAAUCCAUGGUGGAUUUUAUAAUUGCCUGUUCCCCGAGGACAAUUACACUACGUCAAGAGUGUUCGGGUCCUAUCCUUCUCGUAGGAUAGUUGAAGCUGUACGCGAAAAAGCUAGAGAAAUUGCCAUGGCUGAUCGCGAGGACGAUGGAGAUGAUAAUGAUGCAGAGGAAAAAAUUCGGCGAGUGAAUGUUUGGGUUGCCGGACAUUCGCUUGGUGCUGCCCUGGCUCAAGUUUUCUACGCAAGACUUGUAAAAACAAGCGACCUUGGACGUUACGCUGUCAUGAGAGAUGCAUUCGUCUUCGCGGGUCCAGCGGUGGGAGAUAACAACUUCUUUUCGGGAUUUAAUAGUUACCUUAAUAUCAGUUUUUGUGAGAAUCGAACGCUCUGGCGUGUUAUCGACGACAAUGAUAUUGUCCCUACCUUGCCUCCGAUGCCAUCCGAUCCUCGCAUUCGACAAUAUCUCGAGAAAAAUGAUGUUUUCAACUAUUUUCACAUUGGUGAUGCAGUAAAAUUCUACCAAUACGACCGAAAGCCCGAAAGUCAUAGAGACAUCUUUGGAAAAAUAAAAGAUGUUUCUCAGAUUAAUAGGAAUAUAAGAAGUUUAGUACCACGUAAAUCAGGAGGGAAGAAUGAUUAUAAUGUGAAGAUGUUUGGUCCACUCGAGUCUCUAUUGCCAAGUCCUAUUAGAAACCACAUGCCCCAUCGUUAUUUUUCAGCCAUGGAGAGGUCUAGAGAUUACUUUGAAAAACACAGCUUCUACUGGGAAUUAAUUAUGUCUGGUGUCAGCGCAUUACUUUCUCCUUUCUCCGAUGAGCUCCAGCAAGGCAUUAACAAUCACAUCCAUUGUGAACUUCAGGCAAGCUUUGUUUUAUUACUGCUGUGGAGAACUCAUCGCGUUGGAAAGAACACGCGCUCCAUGGUUUUAAACAAUAUUUUCAAUGUGCUGCAAUUGAAGUAUGAGUGUCUUGCCGACGCAAACGCUUUCAUGCAAUAUCAAUGCCAACGUGGUGGGAAGGUCGAAUUGAAAGAAAUAGAUGCACCUGAGCUGUGCUGGGAUGAUCCUAUUGAAACUUUUGAGAAAGUUCUUGCGUUAGAAAAAUGCAUCUCCGAAGAUCUCUACAAAUUAGACGCUAUAGCAGAAAAGUGUGGGGACAAGGCAACUUGCAAUUUUAUUGAAGGCGGAUUCUUAGAUAAAGAGACUUGUCAUGUUAAGACUACGGCCGACAUGCUUCGCCAAAUUAAACGCGUCCAGGGCGAAGGCUCUGGUCUGUACAACAUCGACAGAGAAUUACGAAAGAACGAGGGAAGACCCGUGUGGUCUAACAAAGCUAUGGAUAUUCAGGCGGCCUUUCUUGAUUUUAAGCUUAGGGGUUAA